AUGCCGCCACGGCGUUGCGGCACGGACGACGUGGCACAUAGAAAACUGCCGCCCAAGAAGCACAACGAAGGAGGCGGGCCGGUUCAUGCCGGGACCGACCGGUACCAGGCUGCGGCGAGCAAGACGUUUGCGGCGUCGCUGGACGAGUACGUGCGGUCGUUCCAGGCGGCCGGCGCCGACGCCUCGCUGCGCAACUCGGUCUCGCUGCGGAUGACGGGCCUUCUGGAAGCCAUGGCUCCGCCCAAAGUCCCACAGGCCUUCUUUGUCUCGGUCUUGGUUGCUACCGGUGAGCGGCUGUUGGCCGGCGGGCAUGCCCACGCCGCGCUGCGCCUCUUCUUUGAGCACCCCGAGGUCCGCACCGUCAUCGAGCGGGUCUACUCAACCGCCGAGGGCUACCUCACCGCCGUGGCUGCGCCGCGGCCGAAGCAAGCUGCCACCGACAUGCGGACACCGCGGGGCGGGCCGCCUUCGGACAUUGUCGCCCACUCGAUUGCCGUCCUCACCCGCUCGCCGUCCGAGGCGACUCAGGCCGUGCCGCCGGCGGCGACGGCCUCGCGCUCGCAGCUUGCGGCCGGCGCGUCGGCAACGCUGGCCACGCCACCGCUGGUAAGUCGCCCUGACGCGGCCGGUGCUGCACCAUCGGAAGCCGAACUGGCUGUCCGAGCCAGCUACGGUGCAGCACAGUGUGCCAUCGUAGCCGCGGAGCUCGUCGACCCGCGAUACAUGCGGCCGGAGACCAUUGCCGACGUCCGCGCCGCGCUCAUCGAUAUGCAGACCGCGCUUCGGGUAACCUUUGUCUCUCCUGCGCUCACCUGGCUCACGCUCAAUGGCACCAUUCUCCUCUACCGGUCGAUUCAGCGCCCGUUUGCGCUCGGCCUUACUGCCCAUGUCCUCGACUUUGCCCUCUACGCCGCCACGGCGCUCGAGGCCCGAGUCGACACUCUAGCUGUCGAAAAUCUGGCUUGGCGCAUCUCCAUUUACAUCUUUAUUGUCGAGGCGUAUGAAGACCUUGGUUCUUACUCGGCCGCCUCGGCCGCCCUCACUCGCGCCAUCGACAGGCUGCACUUUCUGGAAGAGCUCGAGCGCUCCGACUUGGUGCCGCCGCCUGCCUCGACCUUGGCUGCCUUUGACGAUGCUGCUGCUCGGCUUCUCGCCAUCUCGCUCAAGUAUCUGCUGCAUGAACCGUCGCUUGCACUCACGGCGCUGUCGUCUUCGCGGCGACAGGCGCUCAAGCACUUGCUCGGCCUCGGUGAGAACGAUGCCAUUCCGACUUCACUCUCGGCAGCAGAUGCGACUUCGUCAGAACGCUUUCACCCGUCGCCGCGGUCGAACUCCCGUGCGUCGCGCUCGUCGCGAUCGCAGCGCAGUUCGCGCGGGGCUGCAACAAGCUCGUCCGCAGCCGGCCGGAGCGACGGUGGCAGCUCGGCUCCAGGCUCUGGUCGUGACGGCGGGCACGACUCGGGCUCGGCGUCAGCGUCGUCGUCAGCGACAGACGGUGGUCUCGCAAAGAUCAGGCUUUAUGAUACUUCGGAAGCCAAGAAAGUAGGCACCCUGUUUGCCUCUGCGGCCAACCCGACCGCGCUUGCCAUAGUGCUUGCCUCGAUGUUUCCUUCGGGCAAAGCGAUGGUGGCAGCCGUUGUCCAUGGUCUCACCGAGCCGAACGCACGCCCGCUGGCGACGCCCAAGCUCGACGAGGCGCGCGCAAACGUUGCUUCACGUCUCCUUGAUGUCCUUGACAUAAUCACUUCUCCGCUUCUCGCGGCAUGGCUCGCGCCGACCGCAACGCGCGAGGACGCCGGCCUCGCAACCGCCUGCCCGUCAUCCAGCGGGACACGGCCGAGCUCGCGGCCCGGCACCGCAUCGCGCCCGACUUCGUCAAGCAAGGCUUCGAGGCGUGGGACAGGCUCUCGGACACCGCGAAGCACGGGCUCGGCUACUACAGCCAGCAAGUCGUCUCGUUCGGGCACAUCGUCGUCGUCGGCGGUCCCGAAGCUCCCGUCCAGCUUCCUCAUUCCAACUCUUUUUGGCAUUGAGACCCAUCUCGCGAUCAUCGACCUCGCGCUCCAGCAUGUCAAGUGGGAGUUUUUCUCACGGCUCUGGACCUCUGCCUUUGUGCGGCUCAAGUUUGACUCGCUCCUCCCGGAGCAUCUGCUGCCGUUGCGUGGAUGGGCGGCGGUGCCGAGCGCCGCCGCUGAUGGCGCCAUCAACAACGCCGCGACCCUUCGUCUAGACUUGCUUCGAUGUGUUUACUCAUACCGCAGCGGUGCGGCGCUAGUCGAGCCGUCACAUGCCGCCAUUCAAAAGGCGCUGACCGGACUCACGCCUGAGCCGCAUUCGCCGCGCCCGUCGCCACACUCACCCAAGACGUCCUCGCUUCCGCGGCCGCCGCGCUCGCCGAAGAGCGGGCGGCCGACCACGCCGCGCCGCGCCGGCAUGCGAUCGCUCCCGCGCCUCGGUGCGCUUUCGCAAGCCGGUAGCGGCACCACACCACCGAAUCCUACGCCUACAGGCCAAGGCACGGGAGUGGGUGAGCCGCCGGUUGCACAGCGGUUGCAACUGCUGCAGCAAAUCGCCAUCUCGCUGUCGUCGUGCUUUACUGCACACGGCUCUAGACGGGUGAGCCCGGCGUCUGCAGCGGUGGUCGACCACGCUGCGCUUCUGCUCGACGUUGCGCUCUUUCUCCAUUCGCAAUACCUCGAGCUCUCAGCCAAGGUCCGCGGCGCUCAGGCCGAGGCCGAGCAGGCCGGGGCCGGGUUGGUGGCAGCGGCGGCGGUGCUCUCGCCUGACUUUGACAUCUUUGUCCUCUCGGCCAUCCACCAGACCUUACUCGGGCUCGAGUUCUACGACCAGCUUCUCUGUGGAUCGAUCGCACUUGAGCUUGGACUCCGGCUGGAGGAGGCAGGCUUUCUCCGCGAGGUUCGCCAGGCGGUGCGGCCGGCGCUAGCGGCAAUCAACAGCUCAAAGGCACUGCUUGUCUCACAGUCACACCCGACGCUGUCGAUGUCGAUGGACGCACCGACCCUGGGUCCCGAUCAGCCGCUCCCGCUCUACCUGCAGCGGCUGGGCACACUCGAGGUGGACCUCAUCAUUCUGUACACGCGGGCAACGCUCGCGGUCGGCAUCCAGGCGCUGCCGGCGCAACACGGCAAGGGUGGGGCGACCGGCUCAACCAUCGGCUCGAUCCACUCGUUCUCGACGUUUGCGUCGACCGACGGCGGAACGCUGCGGUCCGGCAAGCGCGGCGCCAGCGGCAAGGGCACCUCGGUCCCUUCGUCGGGCAAGCGCGGAUCAAGCUCGCAGGCGCAAGCGCGGGUCAUCCAGCAGUCGGCAUCGUUCAACUCGCUCCGCUCGGUCACUGGCGGCUCGCUCUCGAUGGUUGCUUCGAGCGAGUACAACCUGGUUGUUGAGGCGCGGCUCCUUGGUGAGACUGGUAAGAACCUGUACCGGCGCGCCGUUGUUCUGAUGGAACUGGCCAAGGUCCACCAGUCGAAGCGCGAGCAGCGGUCGCUCCUGCAGGAGGCGGCAUCGACGCUCGAGGCGGCACGCGAGGCCGAAAAGGCCAUGCUGUAUGCGGUCCACGAUCCCAGCGGCUCGUACGGAUCGUCACCUACCAAGAGCCGCAGCGUGCGCGGCAAGCCGGUCCUUCCGCCGCCUCUCCUUGUCUACCGCACUUCGACGUCGAUGGCGCUCCGGCCGCCGCGGCUCGACGAGUCGGCGUUUGACGCGUCGGCCAUCGCCUCCUAUGUGCUGUACGGCAAGCCGUUUGGCGCCGGCACUGCGGUCGCGGCCUCCAACACUGAGCUGGAGGGGACCGGGGUGCGGAUUGCAACCAAGGCCGGCGCGCCGCCGCCGCUCUUUGUUGUUCGCAACCUCAAGGCCAACACCGGCUACGCUUUUGCCAUGGCGGCCGAGGACGCGAGUGGCAAUCUUGUCUCGGGCGCGGUAUCGGCGUCGACUGGUGAGCUGGUCACCUGCAUGCCGCUACCGCUUGACUACAUCUGGACCGAGUUUGUGGAGACAGCGUUUGUGCUGCGGGCGUACGGGCCAACUCGUGACGCGGCGGCCAAGCUCUUUGCCCGCUUUGUCUCGUUCGAUACGCCUGACGCCGGCAGUGGUGGCUCGGCCGGCAUCGGCCUCCUCAACACAACCGCCAACUCGGAGCUGGGUGGCGCGCUCGACAAGUCCUCGGGAGCGUUCACGGCGUCGGACGGCUCACUUGCCCCCUCUCGUGCCGAUGACAGCAUCCACCCGGGAGCACUUGUCCCGCACGUUGUGGCGUCGGCGUCCGAAUCUCUGCUGCGCUCGUUUGCGCUCGCGCUGUUCCGGCUCGCCGAGCUCGACACCCGCGAGCUGCGGCUGACCGAGGCCCGAAUGCAGACAACCCGAGCAGCAGCGGCUGGCUCGGACGCCCCGGGCUCGUCGCUCCCGCUCCUCUCGUCCGAGUUGUACCGACUGCAGACUGCGUCGAACCUGCUGUUUGGAAUCCAGCUUGGCACGCUGGUCUCCGACUAUGCGCUCGUUACCGAGGCUGCGGUGCGGACGUUUAACGCACUUGCGCCGCUCCUCGAGCGUAAGCCGUACCCCCCGGUGCUGCUUGCGUUUCUGCUGCGGGUAUACGACGCCAUGCUUGCGCUGCCGCUCAAUGCACCCAUUCUCGCCGAGCACCUCGACCAGCUGCUCGAGGUCCGCAAGCCGAUCGCGUUCCAUGUGACUAAUGCGCUGCUUGAUGCUGGCGAGUUUGCAGCGGCGGCGUACCUGGCUUCACUCGAGCAGUCGCGUGACGCGCGGGUGUACAACAGCAUGGCACCGGAGAAGACUCCCGAGCCGCGACGCCCGGGCUCGUCAGGCAAAGCCGGUGGCAGCGUCGCCGAGCAGCCGCGAGGCUCUACUCGCCGCGACCGGAACGAGCGCCGGGAGGCGUCUGGCGGCGCGCGCGGUGCGCGGUCGCGGGGCCGCCGGGGCGGGCGAGACGACCACAGCUCGAGUGCAAGUAAUCUUAUCGAUAACCAGCGCGGCAGCGGAGACCCGCCGCCUUCUGCGGAUGUCGUCCCCAUCGCCGCUGAGCUCCCUCCGGUAGUUCGCGCCCUUGAGGAGUACUACUUUCAGAUCGGUGCCGUUCCGACACUCUCUGUGCUAUACCGGGCAUCGGAGCUCGGUGCGCGCGAUGAGGACGUCGUGGCCGGGCUGCUCAAGGCGGUGGCGAGCUCGCCGUCCAAAGAACUCUUUGUCGAGCUGCAGAGCCGGUUUGUGGACCAUCCGCGGUACGUCGAGUUUGGUGCGCGGCUCGCGCGGCGGGUUCUGGCGAGCGGCGACGCUGCCCUGGCAAACAGCAUCUGCGACGCCGUUCGCGCCACGCUGGCGGCUCGCGACGCGGCGGUUGAGGCGGAGCACGCACGGACACACGAGCUCGCGCGCGAGACGCUUAGCAAGGCGCCGACAAGCGGCGGACACAAGCGGAGCUCGCACGGAAGCUCAAGCCAUGCCGCCGCUGCCGACAUCGGCGCGGGCCUCGACGACGAGAUUAUGACUCAAGAAGCGAUCGCUGCCCGCGAGGCCGCAGUCCGGCAACUGCAAGUCUACAUUCCGCUCUUCUUGCAGCGGUCGCGGCAGCGGCGAGAGUGGCGCACGCUGCGGGCUGGCGAGGCGCCGUGGCGGGCCGAGUUGAGCAUGGUCCAUGGGCUGGCCAAGCUUGCACUCGCAACGAGGGCACGGCAGGCGGCUACCAUGCCACAGCCACCGGCGUCGGCGGUACAGUUCUGGCGCGAGGCUGAUGCACGGACAGGCGUUGCGGGCGGUGGCUCGGACGGCAACCUCGGGUCGUCGACCAGCCAGCUGGGGGGGCCUGUGACCUCAUCACGGCGAGUGCGCGGCUCGCGCUCGGGUAGUGGCGGCGGCAGCAUGGCCGCCUCGCGCAAGGGCGAGGCGGUGCCGGCUGCUAUCAAGAAGCCUGACGAGGUCGACGCUCCGCAGCCUGUGCGCGCGCCUGUGGUGUCUGCGCUCGCGCGCCCCGCUGAAGUGGCUGCUGCCGACGCAAGCGAUGGUCGUGGAUGGGACAAGUGGUUCUCGCUCGCCUCGCUUGGCACUAUUGUUGAGCUCGAGGCGGACGUGGUUGUCACGCUCUGCAAAGAAAGCGGGCGGGUCGUUGCCGCGGAUGAGAGACAGUCAGCGGUCGACGCUGACCAUACGCUCGACCCAUACGACCUCACCGCAUGGAAGGCCAAAGUCGGGUCACCAAGCAAGCCGAACGGUGACGCCCCUGGGUCGUCAACCACCAAGCGAUCGUCGUCGCGAACUGGCACACAGCGCAGUGGUUCGAGUAGCGGUGGGGUGACAGGCUCGGGAGCACCCAGUGCGGGCUCGUUUGCGGUGGCCGCCCUCGAGAGCGAGGCGGAGGCCGGCGUGCCGACAGUCCAGGAUGUGACUGCGUGUCUCCAGCGGGCCGCGGUACUUGCUGAGCGGUCGUCAUCGUGGAUUGUGCUGCUCAACGCGUGCCGCGCCCUGCGCAACAGCGUGCAGUUGCUUGUGCCGGGACUUGUCUCGCCUGCCACAGCAGGAUGUGUAGCUGACGCGCUGCUGUCGGCCGCGUAUGUGCUAUGCGAGCUGUUGGCACAUGUGAGGAGUGGCGGCUCUGUGCUUGGUGGUACGAGGCUUCCGGCGACGCUGCGGCAUGUGACCGGCUCGCGGUCUGCGGUAUGGCACGACGAUGGCGAGCAGUCUGUUGCGUCGGGAGCGACGACCGACUCGUCGCUUGCGCCGGAGCCGGCAUGGUUUGAAAGUAUUGAGCCGAGCGAGCUCGACAUUGACGAAGUCAUGCGCUUCAUGCACCUUGCGCUGCAGAUGGCGUUCAGCGCCGGGCGGAUGGCGCGGGUGGUCGAGGUCGGCUCGCUGGUCAACUCGCUGACCGACGGUAGCUUUGCCAUCUCGCUCCUGCCGCUGCUUGUUGAGGCAAGUGCGGCGCUCGGUCACCGUGCCGAGGCGGAGGCAUACUCCCGGGCGUAUGGCGAGCUUGAGCGCGACUUGUCGCUGGCGAAGAAACGGCUAACGCAUGCGCGGAUUGAGGCCGCGCGUUACAUUCGCGGGCGGGUCACGGGCCUUGCCGAGUCUGCUCUUGGGACAGCGGCAGUGCACGCCGUGGAGGACGUGGAUGCUGAGCGCGUUAUCGGACUCUACACCAAGACCAUCCAGUACCUUGAGCGGAAGCGGGAGCCGUUUCUGCUUGCGCAGGCGUUCUCCGAGUUUGGCGACGUGUUGUUCAACGAGGGCAAGGUGAGCAAGGCGGCCGGAGCAUGGUUUGAUGCACUUGACCACCUGCUCUCGGCGCACCAGGCGUUCCAGAAAUGGCGAGUCGCGCUGCGGGAGCUUGUGGAUGGCGGUAGUGGAGGUGCCGACUCGUCGGCGUUCCUGGCCAACAUGCCGCGCUCUGCGCUGCUGGGCAUUGUUAUUGUGGCCAAGACGGCACGGCUUGUGGCAUACGAUGACAUGCAUCUGCGGCGGGAGCUGUGCCUGCUCGGGGCAGUGCUUGCCGGCACGCUGUUUCAGCACGCAUCGACACAUCCGCAGCGACUGGCGGCGUUCUUUGAGUUUGACGGCGUGUCUCUGCCGGCUAACGCGUUUGAAGACCCGCAUGUUGCGAGUGGCCCGGACGUGGCGAGCGCGCUUGAGUUUGUGGCGUCGGUGCUGGUGGUGGAGGAGGCGUUUGUGGAGGCUGGGCCUGUGGUGGUCCUUUUGCGGUAUCUGACGCGUGACGUGUGUCCGAGCGCGACGCUUGCGGCGCGGGCGGCGCUGCUGCAAGCGCGAGCGCUAGUUGGGCUCGGGCGGAUGGGCGAGGCGAUGGCGGUGUUGUUUGCACUGGCGCGCGGCGAGGGCCUACCUGGUGCGACUGCACAGGUGGGAUCGUCGGUCGCGAGUCGGCUGCAGUACGAGAAAGAGGCGCUGGGCGAGACCGGGCUGGAGAGCCCGCUCCUGGAGGCUGCACUCGCGGAAGUGCCAGCUAGUGUCAAGGCCGCGUUUGACGCGGGCGAGGCGAGCUUCCUAGAGGGUGCAUACAACGUGAUGGUACCGCCGCAUGGGGUCCCGAACGCACUUCUUGUGCACCGGCUGGCGGCGGUGGUAGUCCCGCCGGAGGUGCGGUCCAAGAUCGGGUGGCAAUGCGCGAGCGAGUUUGAUGGUGUCCGGUCUGAGCUCUUUCUGCAACUGGCGCGCAGCGUUGGUGGCAGCCAGGUGAGCGCGCCGUUGCUCCCGGAAGAGGCACGCGACGAUGUCGAGGUGCUUUUGUUUGCGCUCGGCGUCGAUCCGGUCGGUAAGGAGUGGCUGGCGCCCGAGGCGUCCGGUGGCCCGUCGGCUGCGAGCGAGUGGGAAAAGCUUGUGGCCAGCGUGCACUCACUGGAGCAGGUCGACAUGAGCGCCGUCCAGGUAGCGCUGCGUGCAAGCCGCAAGGCAGGCCAUGGCCGGGCGGGGCGGGAGCCAGCCGCCGAGACCGAGGCUGAGGUGCCGAGCAAGAGCAGCUCGGGCGCGAGCACGAGCUCGAAUGCAGGUGUGAGCGGAAGCACGCGGCGGCGGCGUGCGGCGGGUGCGCGUGGCGCACGACGGGGAUCGACGACCGGAACCUCGGCAGCAGCUGCGGCAGCUGCGGCGCGGGCGGCUGCACCGCAAGCGGCGGCUGUGGUGAAGCAGCUCAAAAGCUCGGGACCCAGCCAUCCUGCAAAUGUGUAUGCAGAGAUGCGUGUGCCGAUGGCAGCGGCCGAGACACUGCAUACGUGGCUGCUGACACGUGCCGAGGCACAGGCGACAGCGCUGCUCACCCGGUUGGGUGAGGCAGGCGAAGCCGAGCGAGUGGCUGGAGAAGAUGUCCCACGCGAGGCGCCAGGCUUUUCGCCGUUCUACGUCCGCAACACCCGGGUAGGCGCGCACCUUGUGCUAGCAACCGUGGCCGAGGAGCGACUCGACUCGAUGCGUGCUGAGAGUGCGACGCGGGCUGCACUGGCCGCGAUUGAGGCGUUUGCCUCUGUAGCGCCUGCUCGCGAGAGGUACGAGCUUGGCGACGACCUUGCCGAGAGGAGCGACGGUGAGAGCGGCGAGAGCGGCGGGACCGAGUCUGGUAGCUUCAGUUCGAGCGAGGUGCGGCAGGUUGUGGGUGUGGACGUGAGCGGAGUGUGCCUCUGGCUGCGGUGCCGAACGCAGCUUGCGCGGCUGCUUGUGCAGAGCGGACGGGUGAGCGAGGCGCGACGCGAGUGUGCUCAAGGGCUAAUGGACGCCAAGUCUGUUCGCGACCUUGUGCAACAGUCGCGACUGAUGCUGUGGACCGGGGUUGUUGCUGUGCUGGAGGGCGAUGUGGAGGGCGGAAUUGCGUGUUUGGAGCAGCUUGUGGAGCAGGAUGAGCUACCGAUGGAGCUUCGGGUGUAUGCCUGCUCGCUCCUUGGCGACAUCCAGUACUCGCGCAACACAACUGUGGACGCGCUGCGAUCGUAUGUGGGCGCUCAUGACCUCUCGCUCGCUGUGCUGCGGAUGGACGCGGAUGAGCUGGAUGCGAUCCUUGCCGCGUUCCGCCACCACUCGGGUGGCAAGAGUGGCGGCGAAGCGCAGCUCGGUCUGACCGGACGCGCUGGGCGAUACCACCCCCACCUUGCGGUCGGGCUGCGUGUUUCGACGCGUGUGGCGUUUGUGUACCACCGGCUGCUCCACCAAGACUCUGCGCUGCGUGCGUGCCUCAAGUCGCUGGAGCUGGCAUCGCUCUCACUCUCGCGCGAAACGACGGAGCAGGUUGCACUGUAUGGGGUGAUGGGGCGUGUGCUCGUGGCAGUGCUGGAGCACUGGGACGACGAGGGUGCGGUGUUUGGGUCGUCAGCGAUGCGGCGCGGUGGGUCGAUCACCGACCUCAUCGCGCUUGCAGCGAGCGGCGGUGUGGGUAGCGGUGAGCGGUCGUUGUCCCGGGCGGGCUCGCGAGCUGGCUCGCGGGCUCGCACAACGCGGACGCUGACGCAGACGAACACGGUGCAGCACAUUUCUGGGCCCAAGUAUCCGCAGACCGACGUGCGCGGGGCAUGCUUUAGGCUCGCGCGAUGGGCACUGGCCAACGCAGUCGAACUGACGCAGACUGGCGCCGGUUUUGACUUUGAGUACGCGCGGUCGAGUGUGCUCUCGCUUGCGGUGCUCCGGGCGAUGAAGAGCAUGUCGGAAGUGGAGGCGUUUGCGCCUGGGCGGAGCGGCGACGAUGAGUUCUUUGGCCUGCUCUCGCUGGCGGCGUCGAUUGGUGCGAGCCGGGCGAGUCUGGCGCGGCUGUCGACGCGGCUGGGGACGGACACGGAGCUGUUAGAGGUGCAGGCAUUGCCGGCGUUUGUGCGGUCAGACAUUGCGAUGGUGCGGCGGCGGGAGGCUGAGGCUGAGGCCGAGGCCGAGGUACAGCCGUCGUCGUUUGAGCUGUUGGCGUACUUUCUCUCGCUACGACGGGAGAAGAACCUGGUGCCGUUUUUCAACGCGCGGCUGCUGCAAAAGCUAGGCCACGUCCACGGCUUCCUUUCGGAGCACUUUGAUCCGUACGACGACGGGUGCACACCUGCGUUUUCGACGCUUGACUGGCUGGUGGGGCGCGGGCCGGCAGACGGGUUCGGGGCGCCGAGCCGUGGCACGGUCUGCUUCCAGUGGCUCAACGAGGCCGACGCGCACUACACGAGUGUCGACGUGGCGAACGAGAAGGCAUUUCUCGCCGGCGCCGUGGCGCGGGCCAAGAUCCACCGCUCUGCGCGGAUGUUCCCGGUGCGACUGCUGUACGUCAUCCACGCGGUGGUCUCUGUCGACGACGAGGACGAGGGUGGCAGUGGACGGAAGGAGGAGCGUGUGAGCGGUCACGGCAAGACGCGCGGAGCGACCGGGGCCACCGGAGUCGGGGCGCGGCUGGGCCUGGUGGGCCAGCGGCGGCGGACCCGAAGCGUGACGCGGCAGAUCUCGGGCUCUGUAGAGCUCCCGCUCUCGGGUGUCUCGCGGGUCCACCAGCUGCUCUCGCAGCUCAAGUUCCAAGUCCAGCAGCACGAGCUGGGUCUCGAGAUCGCCGCGGCGAAGGAGGCGGCAGCCAGGCCGUCGCCGCUCGAGUUGGGCGGCGGGAGCGGAGGAGGCGGCGGAGCCGGUGAUAGUGGCGGGCGACGUGGAUCGACGGUGGAGGGUCGCGGCGGGAGUGGCGGGCGCAAGCGGCGGACGCACAAGCGCGGGACGCGUGUUCUGAGUGGUGCGUCGUCGGUCGGGUCCGGCGAGCGGUCGCCGGCGCGGCGCAGUGGAAAAAAGAUCGAGUUUCCGGUCGAGAUGGUUGCGCUGUAUCAAGCGACGCUGCAGGCCAUCUGCGAGCUGUUUGCCUCGCCGCUCGAGCGCGAUGAGACCGGGCGGGUGGUGGAGGCUGCAUCACGCAUGUCCGACUCGCUGCGCUCAAUGUCUGUGGUCGACGCUGACGAUGUGGCGUCGAACGACGACUUCGAAGCGGCGAUGACUGGUGGUGGAGGGCCGGGCACAGGCGAGGACAUCGACGCGCGGAUGGCCAAGUUCCGCGCCAAGUUUGGCCAUCUCCGGCCGCCGUCACUCACCACCAAGAACCUGGACCUCCUUGCACGGGCAAUGGAUGUCGAGCAGGGUGCGCUUGCGGUCAACUCGAGCGUUGCAAUCUGGCUUGCCGAAAAGCGCAAGAAGGCGGCCAAGGGCGAGGCCAUGUUUGGGGUGGAGCUGGUGGAGGUGGUGACCUCGCAAGCGGCGUCUGCGCCGGUCACCUUGGGGCCUCCGCCGCCACAGACCGUCCUCUCUCGGCUGCCGUAUGUGGUGUGGCGGUGCGGGGAGUACCUCAAGGCCCAUGCCGCCACAGAGGGCGUCUUCCGCGUACCGGGAGCCGACGACGUGGUGCAAGAGCUGCGGAGCGCGUUUGAGACGGCCGGCGAUGCUGCGCUCGACGAGCUCGACGACGUCUUUGCCGUCUCGUCGCUCUUCAAGCUCUACCUGCGCGAGCUCCCGGUCCCGCCGCUCACCUUUGCGCUCUACGACGACUUUGUUGCCGCCCAUGAAGCGCCUGCCGGUGAGGCCCAGAUCGAGGCCUACGCCGCGGCGCUGGGCAAGCUCCCGCCGCUGCACUACGAGCUGGUCAAGUACGUGGCCGAGCUUGCGGUGGUCAUGGCCCGCGACGAGGCGACGUCGCGGAUGGGCAUCGACAACAUGGCCACCGUAUUUGGCCAGAACAUGCUGCACUCGCGCGAAAAUACCCAGGACGCCAUCAUGCGCGACAUCGCGUACUGUAACGCCAUCACCCGCGACAUCUUUGCCCUCUACGAGCCGCUGUUCAACCCGAUUCCAGCGUCGCCGCCGCGCGACACCGCCGCCGCUGCUGCUGCCUCGCGCGAGGCCCUCUACUCGCCCAACGACUCGGUCGACGAGUCGCUGCUACACGACGCCGACGAGGCCGGUACCGCCGCCGAGGGCAUCCAGUCGCCGACGCGCCGGGCGCUCGACUCGAUGCUCAACUCGUCGAUUGCAGACUUGAUCAAGUCGUCGUCGCAGGAGCUGAGCGUGGCGGCUGGCGCUGGCGGCUCCGCCCGGCAGCUCCGGGUCCACGGCCCGCAAAACUCGCCACGUAACCGACGGUCGCGGGUCGAGGCCGUCCGCCGUGCACAGCGGCGCGAGAGCCUGGACGCCAUCAACGGAGAUGGCACUAGUGGCGGCAAAACUCCGCUGGGUGAGAACGCAGACAAGGUCGAGACGCCUGUCGUGACCGAGUACCAGUGGACCCGGGCAGACAUUCCAUACCUCGAGGACCAGAUCGCCAAGCUUGAUGUCGACAUCACGGUGUUCAAGCGGGUGUUUGCCAAGCGGCACGACCGCGACCCACUGCCGAGCGAGUGGGCGCCCAUCGAGGGCACCCUCGCCCUCUUCCAGUCGUUUUCCAACAUUCUCGCCACCCUCCAGUCCGGCUCGGUCGAGUCGAUAGCGUCGCCGGUGGGCCGCCUUGGACGAGCAAGGUUUGCACAGCAUGGUGCGGCGCUGUCGCCGAGUGCAGCGCUUCGGAGCAAGGUGGCAGAGCCGGCGGCAGCAGCUGCCGCAGCGUUUGCGGCAGCAAGCGGCGGGAGUGGGGGCGGGAACGGGAGCAGCGAGACGCAGCAGCCCGAGCCGGACUCUGAGAUCGAUGCCUACCUUGCCGACCCGCUGCCGACUGUCUUGCGGCGGCUGGCCAGGGCGCGCGCCGACGCCGGUCGGCCCGAGGACGUGUUUGCGAUGACUACGGCAGAGCAGGAGGCGGAAAAGUCGCUGAUCAAGAAGGAGCUGCGUGCGUUCGACUCGGCAUACGAAGUCCGCCACGGGGUCCAGCCGCGAAAGGCUGACAAAGAGGUCAUGCGCCCGCUCUACGAGCGGUACCGCGAGCUCAAGUCGCUUUGCUCGGCUGGCGGCAGCGCCGACGGCGGUGGAAGCGGCGGCGGUGGCGGCCGGGGCGGAGCCAAGCCGGCCUCGGCGCAGGCCGCCGUCUCUGCUCACUUUGACCCGGCUGUCCCGGUCACGGCGCCCAUGCUUAACCCCUCGAUUCCCAAGGCCACCAACGCGCUCUACCUCACCAUCAAGGACCGCAAGCGCAAGCUCCAGGUGCUCCUCCACCACUACCAGUCUGAGUUUAUGGCCAUGCACGGGCGCAAAGUCCAGUACGUCGAGGACCGGGCGCCCAUUCAGUCGCAGUACCAGGCGUACAAGGAGUGCAAGGUGCGCCUCGCCGAGGCCGACGCCAUCUACAGCGCAUACGAGCAGCAGCAGAUCGAAGGCAGUGGGGCGUAGCCGCGAUACCCGCGACACCCGCGAUACCUCGUGCACAGUGCACGACAUAAAGAAGGCCGAGCCCAA